UGAUCCACCCCAUUACCAGCCUGUAUCUCAGCUAAUAAGAAUAUCAUGAAUAUCAUUUAACCAAAUUUAUAUCUUCCUCAUCCUCCAUAGAACCAGGAAGUUGUUGAAAACAGAGACCCAGCCAUGGAAUCUCUCCUCGACGGCAACCAGAACCAGAAGAAAACCUUCUUCCCUUCCAAGCCAAUGAAAGACGAGCUCCCAAUCUCUCAAACCCCCAACAAAGAAACCCACCUCAUCGGUCUCCGCCGAAGGCUCAUCUCCUCAUUCUCCAUAAAAAUCCAACCUUUAUCCUCUUCAGCCGUCUGCUCAUGGGCAUCGCUCCGCCGCUCUAAAUCGGCGCCGGAAUUCGUCCAAGAGUUCACCGGAGGUUCGCUUCGGAGAUGGUGGGAAUGGAGCUGGAGCUGGCUGCUUUCGAAGAAACCGGGGUUCGUGAGAGAUCUGGAGAUGAAUGAAGAGGAGACGGAGGUUCUCGGCUACCAUAGAAAAGGGAGCGUUCGCCACCUGUUUUAUAAGAUUCGAUCUGAGAUAAGGAAGCUCGUGCAGCCGCAGAGGCUGCCGACGACGCAUUGUAAGUUCAGGUAUGAUUCCUUCAGCUACGCGCAGAAUUUUGAUGGAGGGCAUGUGAGGGAGGAGAAGUGAAGGUAGGGAGGAAGGGGAGGGAGUGGAUUUUGGGGAGGGGCUAAUGUGUAAUUUUAUUAUUUGUUUGUCAUUCAGUGUUUUUUUUUGGGUAAGAUUUAUGAUUUGAUGAUUAAAUUGGUUAAUUGUUGGCGUGGAGAUACUUGAUAUUUAUAGAAUUUAUG